UCGCUGUUACUCUUUCCUCCUGAGUUAUGGUGGGAAAUGAUGGCAGCAGGAGAAGCAAGAACAGUGUGGCAAAGAACAGUUAACCGUUGCUUUGUCCAAGAAGACGCUAAAAGAGCUCCCAAAUUCACCUCUUCCCACUCUUCUUCUUCUUCAACUAAACAGGUUCAAGAAGAUUCUGUAUCUUCUCGCCCUUCUGUUUAUCAUCCACCGAACCAAUCACUUUGUGCACCUUUCAUGUCUCUGAAUUUCUUGGGUCACCACCAUCACCUUCAAGUGAAGACGCCAUUGGAAGCUGAGAUUGGUAUCUCUGAGAAGAAACCUGAACUGGGAGGAAAGUCUUUCAACUCUGAAAGCUUUCAAGAGUUGAUGGAGACAAGUAAAAGUUAUGGUUCUGUUGGGAAAGACGAAUCCUCCUCUGAGAACAAGUUACUGAAUGAGGUACCUUUCGACCCCAGCUCUCCAUGGAAUCCCCUCUCGAGCGAGAAAACGGGACCAUGGUGGCGAACUACAGAUAAAGAUGAGUUGGCUUCCUUGGUUGCACAAAGGUCUCUAGACUUUGUUGAGAAUUGUGACUUACCAACACCACAGAAGAUGAAACGCUCUUCUUAUUACGGUAGCUCACACGAGCACGGGCCAAGAAGCUUCAAGAACAGAACCGAGGCUUCCUCUGAGUCUGACUUGAGCAAAUCAGAGCUGCUAGAAGCGCUGAGGCGUUCUCAAACGAGAGCUAGGGAAGCUGAAAAUAUGGCUAAAGAAGCGUGUGCGGAGAAAGAGCACUUGGUGAAGCUCUUGUUCAAGCAAGCCUCAGAGCUUUUCACGUGUAAGCAAUGGCUAAAACUGCUUCAGCUCGAAGCACUAUACCUACAAAUGAAGAGCAAGAAGAUUGAGAAGAACAACGAGCAAACACGUGUUUACAUCCCUUGGAGCAAUUUGAAAGGAAGAAAACAAGGGGAAAAGAGAAGAAGCAGAAGUGGAAAACAGAAUGGUGUGUUUGGUUUAGCUUGGGGGAUGAGUCUAGUUGGUGCUGGUUUACUCCUGGGAUGGACUGUUGGAUGGAUGCAGUUGCUAUCUUUCUAAGAGAGACUUGAAUUUCACACUCCCUUUUUUUUUUAUCCGAGUAGGCGCAUCUUGUAAUGAGUUUAAGGUUGAUUGGGAUGCUGCAAGCUUUUGGAUUUGGUUAAAAGAGAAUCUAAGUUGUAAGAAUUUUGUUAAUAUUGUAUUUUCUAGUUUGUGGUUUUCUUAAAAGAAAAAGAUCAUAUGAAACGAUCUUUCAUGUAAGGGCAUCUGCGUAUGUUGAGUUGAUAGUGC